GCGCUGCGCCCCCUCGGGGCGGAUGGAACGCGGCUGGGCGGGCGGACAGUGCCGGCGUCCGCGGCUGGAAUGGUGCUGGCGGCGGCGGUCGGUGCCUGCGUUCUGAAGCCCGCGAGGAGCCACAAUGGAGACGCCGCCGCUGCCUCCCGCAUGCACGAAGCAGGGUCAUCAGAAGCCUCUCGAUUCAAAAGAUGAUAAUACCGAAAAACACUGCCCGGUGACGGUGAACCCCUGGCACAUGAAGAAAGCCUUUAAAGUCAUGAAUGAGCUGAGAAGUCAGAAUUUGCUGUGUGAUGUCACGAUCGUGGCAGAAGACGUGGAGAUUCCUGCACACAGAGUGGUGUUGGCGGCCUGCAGCCCUUAUUUCCAUGCCAUGUUUACAGGUGAGAUGAGCGAGAGCCGAGCAAAGAGAGUUCGAAUAAAAGAGGUCGACGGCUGGACCCUGAGGAUGUUAAUUGAUUAUGUUUACACCGCAGAAAUUCAGGUCACAGAAGAAAAUGUACAGGUCCUCCUCCCAGCGGCUGGCCUGCUACAGUUACAGGAUGUGAAGAAGACAUGCUGUGAAUUUUUAGAGUCCCAGCUUCACCCCGUCAACUGCUUAGGAAUCCGGGCUUUUGCUGAUAUGCAUGCCUGCACAGACCUCCUGAACAAGGCCAACACUUACGCAGAGCAACAUUUUGCAGAUGUCGUACUUAGUGAAGAGUUUCUCAACCUUGGCAUCGAGCAAGUGUGCAGCUUAAUCUCAAGUGACAAACUUACCAUUUCCUCAGAAGAGAAGGUAUUUGAAGCGGUAAUAGCCUGGGUAAACCACGAUAAAGAUGUAAGGCAGGAAUUCAUGGCUCGGCUCAUGGAACACGUCCGGCUACCCUUACUACCACGGGAGUACUUAGUACAGAGGGUUGAAGAGGAAGCAUUGGUGAAGAAUAGCAGUGCGUGUAAAGAUUACCUCAUUGAAGCCAUGAAGUACCAUUUGCUGCCAACAGAGCAGCGCAUGUUAAUGAAGAGUGUGCGGACCCGGCUGAGGACACCCAUGAACCUUCCCAAAUUGAUGGUGGUAGUCGGGGGCCAAGCACCGAAGGCCAUCCGAAGUGUGGAGUGCUAUGACUUCAAAGAGGAGCGAUGGCACCAAGUAGCAGAGCUGCCUUCCAGGAGGUGCAGAGCAGGGAUGGUAUAUAUGGCUGGGCUUGUCUUUGCUGUUGGUGGUUUUAAUGGUUCCCUAAGAGUCCGCACUGUUGAUUCCUAUGACCCGGUGAAAGACCAGUGGACCAGUGUUGCAAACAUGCGAGAUCGAAGAAGCACGCUGGGGGCAGCUGUGCUAAAUGGAUUGUUAUAUGCAGUGGGGGGCUUUGAUGGCAGCACAGGUUUAUCGUCUGUGGAAGCCUACAACAUAAAGUCUAACGAAUGGUUUCACGUGGCUCCGAUGAACACGAGGAGGAGCAGUGUGGGUGUGGGUGUUGUUGGAGGUUUGCUCUAUGCUGUGGGGGGUUAUGAUGGAGCCUCACGACAGUGUCUUAGCACAGUAGAAUGCUAUAAUGCUACUGCAAACGAAUGGACCUACAUAGCAGAGAUGAGCACCAGACGGAGUGGAGCAGGUGUUGGCGUCCUAAACAACUUAUUAUAUGCUGUAGGAGGUCAUGAUGGUCCUUUAGUACGGAAAAGUGUUGAAGUAUAUGAUCCCACCACCAAUGCCUGGAGACAGGUUGCAGAUAUGAACAUGUGCAGAAGAAAUGCAGGUGUUUGUGCAGUUAACGGUCUGUUAUAUGUUGUUGGAGGAGAUGAUGGUUCCUGUAACUUGGCAUCGGUAGAGUAUUAUAACCCCACAACAGAUAAAUGGACAGUUGUAUCCUCUUGUAUGAGCACGGGGAGAAGUUAUGCAGGGGUCACAGUUAUUGAUAAACCGUUAUGAGCCUGCAGGAUGAUUUCAGCGUGUCUAUACAUGAGAAAUUGCCACUGACAGGUCUUUCUGAAGUGACUGAGAGCCUAGCGCUUCUCCAAUUGUAGCUGCACUUUACGUCUCAGAGAAGACGAGACCAUCUGCCUUUAGAGGCCUCCGACACUGAAGAUUAUUUUUGGUAGAAGCACCGUGUAGGCUUUCUCCGAACUGAGCAGCAGCUGACUGACUUAACAAGAGACCUAGACUACAGUCCCUACUCUGUGGUGUUUAGGCAGCCGUUGCUUUCAUAAAAAAAAACAAAAACAAAAACAAAAAACAAAACAGUUCUUAUCAGCCUCAAAUAACUAUGGAUUAUUUUGUGAAAGAGAAUAAAGUUAAUGUGUGUUCUUGUAAAAUUAAGUUUUAUCUUUAUUCUUCCUCCUUAAAAAAUCUCUACUGGGAACAGAAAAAUCUUUGGACAGAUUAAAAUCUAUGUAAGUAUACAACAUAGUUGGGGGAUGAAACUGUCUGCUUUUAUAAAUAUCUUUGAUUACAUGAAUAUAAUAAAUUGUGUGCAUAUAAAUGUGUGUCUAUAUGCUUUCCUUUAAAUAUGUUUGAAAAGAUGUUUGAAACUUGAUUAUCUAUUUAUAAUUGGCACAGUACUUUGAAUUAUGCCAGUACUACAUUGUAAAACAGAGUUGUAUUUUUUGAUAUUUAACAAUGCUUAACACUUUAAAACGCCACUUCUGAGGAAUGAACACGGUCUAACACACUUUAAUAUGUGUGAUGCCAAACUUUUUUAAAUAAAAUAUAAAUUAUGCUUAUUUAUUAUUUUCUUUAAUUUCAUCUUGGUCAUGUUUUGGUGUGUUUUUAAUUUUUUUCUUAAAGUAAUACUUUGGCAUGAACAUACCUGCAGGUUUUUGAUGAAUAUAAUGAAUGUAUGGAAUUCAACUGAAUAUGCAUGGUCUUAAGAAUUUUUUCUGUGUGUAUAAAUUUAGCUGCUAUUAAUGGAAGAGAAAGCUUUCUGUGAGUAACCAUGUGUAUUGAGCAGAUAGUUUUUCUGAGAUCUUCGAUUAAUCUCUUUACAGAUGACCAACAUGUGUCUUUCUUGAAUUAUCUUUGAAUAAAAGUUUGUAUAUUAUUUGUUUCACAAUG